UUCACCAUGCUUACGUCUGGGCCAGCAGUUCCGCAUUCCUCAGCCCUCACACACUGGCUCGCUACUUAAACGGGGCUGAUGCAACGACUCGGGUUAGUCCCAAAACCCACAUCCUGAGUCCCGCACCCUCCCCGCCGCCGCCGCUGCUGCUGCGGAGCUCCUGGACGCCUCUCAGCGUCCAAACACGGUUGCAUCAUUGACAGAAGACAACUGACAAGUUUUCUCUGACGGUGGUCGCCGGGUCGGACAUGAUGCCGGGACAGAUACCUGACCCUUCGCUGGCGGCGGGCUCCCUGCCCAGCCUUGGCCCGCUGGCGGGCAUCUCGGCCACCACGCUCACCGAUCAACUCAAGCUGGCUGACUUCCGCCAGCUGGGCACCAUGUUGUCCCCACUGCACUUCCUGGGGCGGCUGGGAAAGAGGCCGCUGGCCAUCAAGACGGAGAUGGAUGAAGACGAUGACAGGAGAAAACGGAGACGAGAGAAAAACAAAGUCGCAGCAGCGCGCUGCCGAAACAAAAAGAAGGAACGGACUGACUUCCUUCAGAGGGAAUCGGAGCGUCUGGAGAUGGUGAACUCGGACCUGAAGGCCCAGAUCGAGGAGCUCCGAAUGGAGAGGCAGCAGCUAAUGGUGAUGCUCAACCUCCACCGGCCCACCUGCAUCGUGAGGACCGACAGCGUGAAGACGCCUGAGGGCGAGGCCAACCCCCUGCUGGAGCAGCUGUCCAGCGACGACAACUGAAACCUGGGAAACCAGGGACGCCGUGUCCCUGAGGCCCAACCUUGCACCGCCAUGGCAGCCAUUCAAACGAAAAACAUAACUGGCAAUACAUUUCUAAAUAAGCACUUGAGCUCCGAGCUGGAGACUUUUGGAGACUCUGCCCGAGGACCUGGGGUUUGCAGGGCGUCCUCAGUACUGCUACAAGAGCUGGCUCUGUCCAUCGGACGACUGGAAACACCCGGUUUCAUCUCCGCAUCGAGAGCAGCUCACUGCACUGUGCCUAGUUGUUGCCAUCUCUACAUAAAGGGACCAAUCUAAACCAUAGAGUGUAACUGGAAACAACACUGAGGAAACACACUAAUAUCAACAUGGUGCUCUGUUACAAAAGCCCUGAGUGAAAGGUGUGCCGUUGUUUCUGUGCAGAGGCCCACAAAGACUCUGCAGUUUUCCUUUGUAUGCUAGCCGAAAUAUACAGGAGUAGAGUUUGUAGGAUAAAGUACACAAUACAAGUGUGGACAGAGUGGAGGUUGUAUGUUUUUGUAAUGUUGAUUUCUAUACCCUGCCUUGACGACGGCAGAUACCGGUUGAUCCGAUUUGUGGUGACGCUGGCGUCAUGAAAAGCACAUAUACACGAAAAAUGUUUACACCCUUGUUGUUUUUUUUGGGACUGUUGUCUGUCCAUUAUUGUACUUGUUUUAUACUGCUUUGUAUACGUAAACAUAUAUGAAAUGCUCCUUAAUCACUUGAUGUGAUUGGUCUUUUUCAAUCUUUCCAGUCUGUCUCUGUCACGUCGCGCUGUCAAACAGCUGUGAAAACAAGCAGCUCAGCAGUAUUUCAACGUCUGUAUCUGCGAUGUACGACUCUGUUAUCCUGAAUAGAUUAAAUUUAUUUUCUAACUACAAGAACGAA